AUGCCAGCCUAUCAUUCAGCCCUCAACGAAGAGCCCGAUGUUCGCCAAGUAGGGAACAUGUCCAUCCUACCCAUCAAGAGCAAGUUCCGUGGCCCAGCACCACAGGCGGAACCUUCUCAGGCUGACAUAAUUGACGAAACACUCGAUCUUUUCCGAGCCAACUCCCUCUUCCGCAACUUCGAGAUCAAAGGCCCCGCUGACCGCCUCCUCAUCGUCAUCAUCCUCUUUGUGUCUGACUGUCUUGCCAAGAUCGGCACGUCUCGCACGGUGCCCAGUAAAAUCGAGGCAACCAAAUCGCUGAACACUCUUGCCGUAGACAACUUCCCGGUCCCCGGUGAUGCUACGUUCGCGCUCAACUCGCACUAUGCGCCUCCAGGGAGCAGGGCAGAUGCCGAUUAUCUCCGAACAUAUCUUGUGCAAGUGCGGCAAGAGCUUGCAGCCCGCCUCGUAGAAAUCUUGUAUGCAGAUGGGUCUGGUAAGCCCAGCAAAUGGUGGAUGUCGUUCCAGAAGAGGCGUUUCAUGAGCAGGAGCCUCGCCACGUAG